UGAAAUUCAGCGGAUAGUUUAAAGCUGAGGGAUUGGAACUUUGGAUUAGUAAUUUGUAGUAGUAUUAACUUAUUAUUCCUUUUUUUUUUAUUAGUAUAAGUUUUAAAUAUAUGAUGAAGAAACGUCCAUGGUUAAAUUAAUCAAGGAAUUAUUAUUAUUAAUGUGAUGAAAUUAAUUUUUUCACACUAAUAAUAAUUCCCAGCAGUCCUCAAUUUUCUUCCCCGGAAUUAUCGACUUAAAGCCUCUGAAUUUGAACCCUGAACCCUCCUGUCUCUUCUCUUUGAUUUGUUCUUUAAUCACUAAAAAUUAUACCAACUCCAGUAUUUACAGAUUUAUCCUUGUUUUCGGGCGACGAUUGGUGAUGCCUACUUCUACGAGGACGUGGCGUUUAUCAGGCCCGGCGGCGCCAAACCAUCGCCGGGAGGUUAACGAUUCUAGGAACUCUUCUUCUACUACUGCUGCUUUCAUGAUUUCGGAAGGUCCUGGAAACCAUCAGCGGCUCUCCAGCUCCUCUCUUCGAGGAGGAUCAGGGUCGGAGUCGGAGCGCCGUGGGAAUAGUAAGGGUAUCACAUUACCACAGUUGCAGCCUUUACUCCCAGCUUUAGGAUUGGUUGGCGCUGGUUUGACCGGCGUCGCUUUGCCCAUCUUCUGGGCUUUUAAGGUGAUUCAUUCAUUACUGCCUGCGUUGUAGUAGUAGUAUUGACUUGAAACUUGAAAGGUUUCUUUUAAUAUGAACGAUGAUUCCCGCGGGGUUCACUUUUUCCUUUUCUUUUGCAGCGUCGUAAUUCCAAACCUAAUUCGAAAUCACCACCUGCUUCUCCCCAAAAAAGUAGUGCGGCUGAUACUGAGCUGCAGAAUGUAAAGCUGAAAGUGGAACAGUUGCUUCGGAGCAAGGGAAUGGGAGUUGAGUCUUAUCCUCAUUUGGCUGUGGUAGCUGUCAAGGACAACAAGGAAAUUGAUGUCGUGCGACUUGAGAAUUUAACUUCCAAUGAGGGCCGCUCUCUGCUGCUUGCCGUGGAAAGAACUGCUAAUCAGGCAAAAACAAAAGACACUGGAGAAGGAAAGAAAACUACUAAUGGAGGACUCCUAUCAAAACUACCGGGACUUACGGCUAAAAAAGUAGAGACAACAACUGUUGCAUCCAAACCAGAAAGUACUGCUACUGUCAAAAUUACAGGUGCACCAAAACUGAGGACAACCGUUGACAGUUUGGAGCAAAUGGGGGUCAAAGUUUCUGGGGUUGCUACAUCAUCUGAAGCGAGCCCCUCAAAGUGUGACAUUUCAUGGGACACUUUCGCUGGUUAUGAUCAGCAAAAACGAGAAAUUGAAGACACAAUAUUGCUAGCUCUUCGACAUCCUCAAGUGUAUGACAAAAUUAGUCGCUCGACACGCACAAAGUUUGAGCCCAACCGACCUAAAGCAAUGCUUUUUGAAGGCCCACCAGGUACUGGCAAGACAUCUUGUGCUCGUGUAAUUGCCAGUCAAGCAGGUAUUCCAUUUUUGCAUGUGCCGAUUGAAGCUAUCAUGUCAAAAUGGUUCGGGGAAUCUUCAAAACUACUGGCAAAGAUUUUUUCACUUGCCAGAGAGUUUCCCACUGGUGCGAUAAUUUUCCUGGAUGAGGUUGAUUCUCUCGGUGGCUCUCGCAAUAAAGGCAUGACGCAUGAAACUACUCGGAGAAUUUUAUCAAUUUUGUUGCGACAGAUCGAUGGGUUUGAGCAGGACAGUAGAGUGGUUGUGGUUGCUGCCACCAAUAGGAAAGAAGACCUUGACCCUGCUUUAAUUAGUCGGUUUGAGAGUUCGGUAUAUUUUGGGUUACCCGAUGAACAGACCCGCCGGCGCAUUGCUGCUCGGUAUGCCAAGCACUUGACGGAGUCAGAACUAGCUGAAUUUGCUAGGGUUACAAUAGGGAUGGCAGAUCGGGAUAUCAAGGAUGUGUGUCUCCAAGCAGAGAGGCACUGGGCAUCAAAGGUUAUACGAGGAAGAGUAAGGGAAAAUGUGGAUGAGAAACUAUAUUCUCCACCCCUCCAGGAAUACAUCGAGAGUGCUAUGAACCGUUGACGAGAUUUAUAUAGGGAAAAAAAAAAUGGCAAGCAACAGGCAUGGGACUGGUUGUAUUGUACAUUUGAGUAUAUAGAUACAUAGUUGUUACGAAUUGCCAUCUUGUUGUACGAGC